GAAAAGUUUUAUCUCAAAGUCUAAACUCGAAAUCAAGGCUCUGUCUGUCUGUCUCUGUCUGUCGAGGAAGAAAGAAGCCGAUUGGAGCAUUAUGUCGAGCACAGAAUCGAAUCCUGUUUACGGAAUGUCUGGAAGGUUGCCAUCAUCUCGUAGAUUACCUCUCAGUGCGGCUCUUGUGGUGUCCUCCCCUCAAUUGGAUCCCAAUCCUAUGAUACAGGACAGCAGAGGCAACAAAAGGGCGAGGACGAGAAUUGAAGUUUCCCCUGAUGGCAAUCUUGACGUUGGACUUGCAUUAGGAUUUUUGUCGAGUAUCAAUGAAGACAUAUUGUUGGAGAUCUUCCUUAGGCUCUCCAACUGUCGAUAUGCUAUUCAAUCGAGCUCUGUUUGUUGGCAUUGGCAUGCAUUGAUCUCUCAACCCCAAUUCAUCCCUAGGUUCAUCCGUCUCCAUCGAGAUCUAGAUCAAUCAUAUACCAUUCUUUUCCGCAUGAAUGAUCUUUAUGGGGAUUGCCCAGAGUAUUAUCAAUUGGUUGCAACUCUUUACUCCAAGGAGGCUUUGCUUCUCCAUGGCAAGCAUGCAUUAUCAUCAUCGUCUAACUACCUCGAUUUUAUGGGGCCGAUGCUCAUGGUCAUUAGGGCAUCAUGCAACGACUUGUUGCUUGUGUCCCCUGAUUCCCGUCAGCUAGUGGGAAGCCACAAGCCACGGAGGUAUUACAUCUGUAAUCCGGUGACUAAAAAGUGGUUUCUCAUUCCUAAGGAUGCUCCUUAUGGAUUUAUGGUUGGGUUUGCAUUAAUAUGCACGCCCGAUUCUAACGGGCCAUACAAGGUGGUAUUACUUGACUUUCUUAUUUGUGAUCAUGAAACGAUUGAAGUUCCUGUCGGCCGUUACAUACAGCCAGUGCUUGUGUUUUGCUCAGAGUCACAACAAUGGACCAAAUCUUCCUUCUUGGUGCCUAGGCGUGCAGUAAAUGACUAUAGCGUUGACUUGAAAAUUGUUGUGUGCAAUGGGACUCUAUACUGGAUGGACGGUUUAUAUAAACGCGACCGGGUUGUUUCUUUAGAUUUGGGCAACAAUCAUUGUUCCGUUAUUUACUUCCCGGAAAUUGUGAUUAACAGCACGAGUGAGGUGCCGAACUCGAGGACCCACCUUGGAGUUGUGAGGGACGAGUUGAGGUUGUUGCAUGUUUUGAAGGCCGGGCCGGGCCGGAAAUGCUUCGUCGUGGGGGUUUGGGAGUUGGACCGUCGGGAUUGUUCGUGGGCAUUGGUCGGUCAAAGGGAUUUGACUUUUUCGGAGGAUGACGACGGCAGGGAUGCAUUGGUUGGUGCCGCUUUUCAUCCCAAAGAUUGUGACUUGAUUUUCGUCGUGUGCGGAAAGAGUGUUUACGAGUGUGCGAUUUCCAAGGACAAAUGUCGCAAGCUUGGGGAGAUUCGAGAAUCUAUAGGCGACGAGGGUCUCGUGGCCUUUGUUCUCACACAUCCACCGUGGCCUUCGCCAGUUCCAUGGGUCAGGUUGAUUGUCGUUGCAUUUACCAACACGCUGAAGUUUAGGAAAGUCAAAACUGAGGGUGGAACUGUUAUAAGAUCGUUGGCGAGCAGUGGUGGCAGACUGAAGAUAGGUGGUGUUCGGCCGUUGACUUGGUAUGGAGAUCACAGGCAAGCGGCAGCCCUGAGGACUGGGAAUUUAGCGACUGAAUUCGAGCAUGGAUUAAAUUCCACCCAGAUUUUACGCGGAAAAAUGUUCAAAGAGAGACACCUCCGUAUGUUUCGGCUUCGGGCGGAUGGCGAUGGUGCGGCUACAUGGUGCGAUAGCUGGCUGCCCGGACUGAGGGAGGCAAAAGCUCAUAUAUAUCUCUGGCCAGGGCCUGCCGUGCAGUUUUGUCGGGGCAUCUGCGACAUGCGAUCAGUGUCUUUUCCCCGGCUUUUGCGGUGGAAGUUGUUGUUUGGCAAUUUGCCUGAGUGUUUUGUUUGUGUUGCUUGCCUGUUGUACAUCAUAAAUUCUUUUUUUACCAAUGAUUUGGGGCAUUUUAUAGGUUCUGCAGACAAGGUUUUACUCUACAAGACGUUCGUCCGUAUGAAGGGAAGUGGCGAUGCUGAUUUGCUUGCUGCCUCUGCCUCAAAGAAGAGGGGGUUUUGCCUGCUGAGUGAGAAUAAUGAUGAUGAGAAUAAUAAGGAAACGGGUGGUUCUUUGUCCAUACCCGCUCCCAUGCUGGAUGUGGCUUUGCCAGUUUCAUUCGACUCUGAUAAUCUAACUCAUCGGUACUGUUCGCUUGAUUCUUCCAAUACCUGGCUCAUGAGGCCAAUUUCGGAACCCAAUGGGUGGGACCAUGAUAUCGGGUACGAUAGCAUGAACAUUGAGAAACUGUUCACAUUGAAGGAGAAACUAUGGAAAUCGCAUGGCAAAGGCAAAGCAACUUCUCUUGGGUUUGACAUGCAGUCGGUAGGCAAGGACUGUGCCUACACUAGAUUCGGUUUAGCAAUCAAUCAUGGGUUAAAUAAGGCGGUUGCUGGUAUCUCAGCUACUGCUUUAGGUGAUGUUGUGAUGGCAGAGAGGGGCAAUUUAGGGCCUUGGGGAGGUGGUGUAUGGUAUGGUGGGAGUCUGAAAGCAACUUUGAAGGACAAAGACAAUCCUUUGAGGCUUUUCUCGACUUUUGGGAUUUCAGUCAUGGAUUGGCAUGGCACAAUACGGAUAAUGAUGAUGAUGAUUAAAGUGGAUAGUGCUAUUGUAAUGGCAGUUGGACAGUAUAUAUAUGUUUUUGUCACAUGGGCAGCCUUUGCGGGAUUGGUGAACGACAUAGUUUCGGAUGCAUCUCUUAACAGGAGAUUAUACAAAGAUUUGAAAGGAGAUGAGAGUGAAGAAUUCACAUGCAAAAUUGGAAUCGACUUCAAACACAAAAGGAUUAAAGAUUUCGGGUGUAUCUCCUGUUAA